AUGGGCGAAAUGUCUCCCCCAUGCAAAAGAAAAGUUGAUUCGUUUGUUGAUGGCCCUGCCCUUGCGAGAGUCAAGGGAGAAGACGAGGGUGGGGUUUCAGACAGCAGCAGCAGCAGCAGCAACAGCAGCGGCAGCAGCAGCAGCGGCAGCAGCUCUCGCGACGGCUGCAGCAGCAACAACGCCGCUGCUGGGGCGGAUAUUGUUGUCAGCGAUGUCUCCCAACAGCACAAGCAGCAGCAGACAGAGCAGCAGCAACAGCAACAGCAUCAGGAGCAACAACAGCAUCAUCAGCAACAGCAGCAGCAGCAACAGCAGCAGCAGCAACAGAAGCAAGAGCUGCAGCAGCAGCAGCAGCAGGACUGCAUGGAAGCAACGACUGCUGCUGCUGCUGCUGCUGCUGCUGACGCGGGGUGGUGCCCUUUGUGGCUGCAGGAGCAGCAGCAGGCAGACCAGCAGGCCGAUAUGGAGCAGCAGCAAGAGGAGCAUCCGCUGCAGCAGCAAGAGCAGCAGGAGCAAGACCAGAAGGAGCAGCAGCAGAGCAGCAGUGGACUGCUACUGCAGCAAGGCUUGCUGCUGCAGCAGGCGCCGCAGUGUGGGGUGCAGCAGAAUCGAAUGCAGAGCCGUGCGGCUCACGCUAGUGGAGUUGCUGCGUCAAAGCAGCAGCAGCAGCAGCAGCAAAAGGAGCCGCAGCAGCAGCAGCAGCAGCAAAAGGAGCCGCAGCAGCAGCAGCAGCAGAAGGAACCGCAGCAGCAGCAGCUACUUGCAGAGUUCGAGUCGGGUGUCUUUGUAUCCCCUUCUGUGUGGACUUUGAUUGGGGCACCCCAGGUUGGGGCCUCCGGUGCAGUCAGCACCGCAGCGCCCCUCGGGGGUGCUGCGCCCUCAGCAGCAACAGCAGCAGCAACAGCAGCAGCAGCAGCAGCAACAGCAGCAGGUGACUUGUGGGGCCCGCUGCUCCUGUUUGCUCGGCAGCUUGCGGCCUUCCUCGCCCCUGAGCUUCAGGGGCGCCACGGCAGCAAAUCAACAUACAACAACUUAGUGUUUCGCUCCUACAGCUAG